AUGGACUCCUUCACCACCAUCAACAUCCCCACCAACUUCGAGACUGGCGGCGGCUCCGGCAACGGUGCCUACUGCGUCAUCGCCUAAAUGCCCAAACGGCAGAGCCCUGGUCUUUUGUGGAUCGGUGAAUAGGUGUGAAUGUUCCGCUUCUUCACUGCUAUCAUACUCGGAGGCCUUGUGCUCGUCCUCUCAUAUAUACCCAACCAAUGUAUCCACGUUGGAAUGUUAAUACGUGACUCUUUUUGCGCGCAA